AUGAUGGAAUCUGAUGAGCAUGAUGAAUACAAAGAUUACAAAUGUGUAAGUUAUGGACUUCUUUUAAAAAAGAUAGCUAAGAGGGCGAUCAAUGAUUGGUUUUUUUUUUGUGAGAGGGUAGAUAAUGAUAGCGGAGAAAACUUUGAUUAUUUACGAAGUGCAUUAAUACAAUAUUGUAGACAUAUGCGAGAAUGUUUUUUAAAAAUAUUAGAAUUAGAUAAAUUUCGAGAACGGUAUAAAGAAAUGAAUGAUUUAAUUAAAUAUAUUUUGGAAAGUAAACAAACGUAUGAAGAAUUAAAAACUAAAUAUAAUUAUGAUAUAUAUUUAACCAAGUUAAAAACAAUUCCUCUACAGAUAAAUGAAAAUAAUAUAUUAUGUGCUAUAGAUAUUUUAGCAACAAAAAGAUAUACUAGAUUUCCAUUAUUAUUUAAAGAGAUUUUAAAAAAUCCGAAUGAAUGUUUUUUACCUACAUUAAAUAAAUAUCAAAUGAAUAUUUUGAAAAAAAGAAUAAUAGAUGGAUUUUUAAUUAAUUAUUAUAUAUCUAACAUACCAAAAAAAAAAGUGGAUUUUAUAUUCUCCCGUGGUAUAUUAGAUUUAGAAAUAAUAAAUGAAGUUAGGAUAUCUCUGAUUAGUGACUUUUUAAAUGUAAAAAUAUUAGAUGUCGACAUAUUAUUUUUGGACACUAUGAAUUUGGGUAAAUCGCACAAUCUUAUAUUAAGCAACCUGAUAAAUUAUCAUCUGCUUCAAAAGCAGCAACAGUGUUAUAGUAAUUAUAUAACCUCUCAGGAGGAAAUUAAUGAAAAAAUAGAAGGAGCAAAAAUGUUUGAGGGGGAUCUUCCUCCGUGUGCCGACGUUAAUGAGGACCAACAUGUGUAUGAUAAAAUGAGUGAUGAGAAAUAUAAUGGUAGUAAUAAAUCGUAUGGAAUUAAUAAAUCGUAUGGAAUUAAUAAAUCGUAUGGUAGUAAUAAAUCGUAUGGUAGUAAUAAAUCGUAUGGUAAUAAUAAAUCAUAUGGUAAUAAUAAUUCCUAUGAUAGCGAUGAUUCUCAUGAUAGCGAUGAUUCUUAUGAUAGCGAUGAUUCCCAUGAUAGCGAUAAUUCCCAUCAUGGUAAUGAUAAGAAUAACGAUUUAGAUAAUUUUAUAAAUAAUAUUCUUAAAAAAGAAACAAAGAAAGAAAGAGGUAGUUACCAAAAAAAUGGUAGUAUUGAAAAACAUUAUCUACAAAAUGUAAGUACGAAAAAAGCACAGCUACAACUUAGUGAUAUAUUUUAUGAAAUAUAUAAGAUUAGUCAUUUUUAUUGUAGCAUUCAAAUUUUAGAAUUUUACAAAGGUUGUAUAAAUCAAUAUAAUUCUUAUAAUUAUAAAAAAAAAAAAAUUCAAUUAUAUAAAUUAUUUAAAAAUAAUAAUAUUGAAUAUACACCUUCUUGUUAUAAUUACACAUUAAAUGAUGAUGAUGGGAUUUUACAUUUGGAUAUCCAAUUAUAUGAUAUGGACUUAACGGAUUCUAUUAUAUAUACAUAUUUUAAAAAAAAGAAAAAAAAUGCAUCCAUUUUUAUAAAUGAAAAGAAUAAAAAUAAAAUUAUUUUAAAAUUUAUUUUGAAUAAUUUGAAUGGAAAUAUUCAAGUUUUUAUGUGGCCAUUUAGUUAUUUUUCUAAUAAAAAAAAAAAAAAAAAAAAUAUUAUUUUUAAAAAUAUUCUAUCGUAUUAUGAAUAUGUAAUAUGUUAUUUUAUGAAGAAAAAAAUAAAAAAUAUUUUAUCUUAUAAUCCUUAUUAUAUUCAUAUAGAAAGUUGGUAUAACAAAAUUGGCUAUUGUAUUGUAUUCUUUCUAUUUUCUAUACUGAAAAUUUUUUGUACUUGUGAUGAUGAUACGACUCUACUCAUAUCUAGGAAGCACGUAUAUUAUUUAAGUGAUUCCUUAGAAAAAAGUGAGUAUGCUUAUAAGACAGGUGUUAUAAACAUACAUGAUUUAUUGUUGGAUUAUUUUUUUGAUCUUCAUUUUAUAAAGGAUGAGUUGAAAUGUCAAGAUAUAAAUGGAAAUAUUAAAUUUGAUCAAAUGGAUGAUAGUGUAAAAAAUGGUCCAAUGGAUGAUAGUGUAAAAAAUGACCAAAUGGAUGAUCAUGUAAAAAAUGGUCCAAUGGAUGAUAGUGUAAAAAAUGACCAAAUGGAUGAUCAUGUGCAAAAUGACCAAAUGGAUGAUCAUGUGCAAAAUGACCAAAUGGAUGAUCAUGUGCAAAAUGACCGAAUGGAUGAUCAUGUGCAAAAUGACCAAAUGGAUGACCAUACCAAUUAUCAACAAAAUAAAAAUAUAUCUAAUUUGCUAUCAUUAAUUAAGUUGAAGAAAGAAAAUGAAAACUCAUAUAUAUUAAGAUAUACAUUUUAUAAUCAAAAAAUUGAUUUAUUUAUAAAUAUGAUAAAUGAAAAGUUAGUAUUCAAAUGCCACUGGGAUAGUGAUAUCUUUAUAAAUAUGAUUAGUUUGUCUUAUAAUUUAAAAUUGAUUAUAUAUAUUUUAUAUUUAUUGAAAUAUUAUUCUUCUUAUAUUUAUAUAUAUAAUUUUUUAAAAGAACGAUUUCAAGUAAGACCUGGUAAAAUCGAAAAUUUUGUUUUUAAUAAAAAGGAUUUAUAUCCAAAUGUUUUUUUUCACAAAUUAAUGUUAUAUUAUUUUUUAAAGAAAUCGGACUAUUCAUCUAAUCUAGUCAUCACAAAAUUUCUGGAGGAAUUUUUUUCGUAUAUUGAUUUUUAUUUUUAUAUGUAUUCGGGUCAGGAAAAUAAUCUGGAGAGACAACUAAAAAGGGAAUUGAAAAAGGGGGAAAUAAUAAAUCGUAUUGUGAAUGAUCAAGGUGGUAAUAUGAAUGAUCAAGGUGGUAAUAUGAAUAAACAUGAUGAUAAUAUGAAUGAUCAAGGUGAUAAUAUGAAUAACCAUGAUGAUAAUAUGAAUAACCAUGAUGAUAAUAUGAAUAACCAUGAUGAUGAUAUGAAUAAGCAUGAUGAUAAUAUGAAUAACCAUGAUGAUAAUAUGAAUAAACAUGAUGAUAAUAUGAAUAAACAUGAUGAUAAUAUGAAUGAAAAAGAUAAUUAUAAUAGUAAAGGCAUUUUUCCAGAAAAUACUAUAGAUGAUAAAAAGAAUUGUUGUUAUCAAAAAAAUUUUGUAUCCGUCUUUUAUUUUACCAUAUAUGUAAAUAAGAAUACGCCCUUAUUAUUAUGUUUAUUAAUAGAAAGAGGCUAUAUAUUUUGUACAUAUAUUAUUAUUACAUUUGAAAAUAUGAAAAAAAAAAGUAUGGAAACGCAAAAUGGAGGAGGUACAUAUGAAGAAGAUAUGAAUAGUACAUUUAAAAAAAAUAAUAGUUUUAUAAUACCCUUAAUUCAUAAAAAAUAUUUUCUUUCCACACACAUACAUUUAUAUUUUGACAGUUUGAAAGAUGUGAUUGAUAAUAAUUCUAAUAUGUUUAUUAAUUUAUAUAAUAUAUUAAAAGUUAAUUUUUACUGUCCCUUAUUUUCGGAUGGCUUCGAUUUUUCUACGCAUAUAAUGAUGAAUGGGAAGAAGAAGAAGAAAAAAAAAAAUGAAAUGAAGAAUUUGAGAGGAACUAAUAUGGAAAAGGCUGAAGAGAAAAGAUAUGUAGAGAAUAUUAUUAUUAAUGAUAAUAAUAGUAAUGUUCAUGGGGAUGAUCAUACUAAUAAACCUUGGAAUGGUCAUACUAAUAAACCUUGCAAUAGUCAUAAUAAUAAACCUUGUUAUAUAUACCAAUUCUUUGAUGAACCAAAUUAUCUUAAUUUCGUUAAACAAAAGAAAAAAUGUGCCUUAGAUUUACAAUAUUAUAUAAAUAAAAGGAAAAAUGCAAAUUAUUAUGGAUAUCCAGAAAACUAUAUCAAUAAUUAUAUUUUACAUUUAUAUACAUCAUUCAAUGAAAAGUAUGCUAUGAAGAAUGAGCAGGACAUGAAUAAGGAAGGUAAAAAUAAUGAAUUGAUGAUUUACCUUUUAAUAAAAAUCCAUAGUACUGGUUCUGUUUUUUUUAAAAUACCAAUAAAAGAAAAAAGAUAUAUGAAAAUAAAUAAUUUGGAUGUGAUAAAAAAUAGGGAGUUAUUUAUAUAUCAUAAAUGUUUAGUUAUAAAUAUGAAACUUGAAAAGAAAAAAAAAAAAAAAAAUAUAUAUGACAAUGGAAAAAAAAAUGAUGAUAUGAAUACUAUAUGUAUGAUAGAUCAAAAUAAAUUACAUGACAAUGGAAAAAAAAAUGAUGAUAUGAAUACUAUAUGUAUGAUAGAUCAAAAUAAAUUACAUGACAAUGGAAAAAAAAAUGAUGAUAUGAAUACUAUAUGUAUGAUAGAUCAAAAUAAAUUACUUGACAAUGAGAAUAAAAUAAAAAUGAAUGAAAUCAUAGACACGAAUGUGAUGAAUAAAGAUAUAUGUUCAAAUAUGUUUGAUGACGAGAAGAAUGAACAGGACACAUCAAAUAAUACAAUAACAUCGAAUGAAGGUAAAAUAAAUAAUUGGGUUUUAAUAAAAAAAAUGUAUAUAUUAUUAAAUGAUGAAAGUACAAAAUUAAAUAUUUUAGAUAUAUUUUCAUGUAUUAUAAAAAGUUGUUAUAUUUUCGAUUUUUCAAACGAGCUUUAUUAUUUAGAAAAUAAAAUACUGUGUUCUAAUUUUGUCGUAAGAAAUAGUCAUAUAUCAAAUAUUGAUAUUGUCUAUUAUUCUGAUUAUAAUAAGGAUAUAACAUGUUCCAUAAGUUUAAAUUUUUUGAAUAAUCAAUAUGACAAUAAUAAUAAUAAUAAUAUAAAAAAUGAAUUGCUUAAAAGCAAUGAAAUGAUACAAAAAGAAGGAAUAUUAAAUAAUAACCAUAAUACAUUUAAACAAAAAAAUAGACAUGAUAUGACAACCACUUUUACUACCUUUAAUGACAUUUUAAAGAAUUUAUUAUUUAUUGACAUAUCUUUUAAUAAUCCAAUUGAUUGUAUAAAUAACAUUUUUAUUAAAGAAAAAAAUAAUUUAUAUUUAUAUUUAGAAAAGAAGAAAAGUAUAUAUAAUUUAUUAAAAUUAAUAUGUUUAACAUAUGAAUUCCAUUAUAAUUUUUAUAUUUUAAUAAAUAAAACAAAUGAACAUUUAAGAAAAAUACAUUUUUUAAAUAUUAUGGAUCCUUCCAUCUUAUUCGAUAUACAAUAUGAAAAUUUAUUUACAAUAAAUUUGUUAUGUAAAGAUAUAUAUAUAUAUAAUAAUAAUAAUAAUAAUAAUAAUUUAUGUUUAUGUAUUUUAUUACAUCCUGAAUACUAUUCCCAAAUUAUUAUAAUACCAUAUUUAACUUGUUAUAAUAAUAAAAAUGUUAGAAAUGAUGUGAACUUCAAAAAAAAAAAUUAUUUUUUUAAAAAUUUUAAAUAUGACCAUCUUCCCAGAAGUAAAGAACAAAAUUAUAAUGGCUCAUUUUUGAAUAUCCAAAGAGAUCAUUCAAAAGGAGUAUUAGAAAGGGAUGGCAAAAUAAGACCAGAUGAUUUGUUAUCAUCUUUUUCUCUUGAAACAUAUACAUCAUUGAAUAAUCCAAAUGUAUUUAUUGAUAAUAUGGAUGAAGAAGAUUUAUUUAUUUAUUUAUUUUUAAACUAUUGUAAUCUAAUAAAUUUUAAUAUAACCAAUAAUAAUGUGUCACAAAAUUAUAAUGAUAAGAUAUCCGAUUUAAAUAAAAGAAAAAAUAAAAAUGAAGAACGUUAUUUUUGGUCUUCUUCCGUUAAAAAGUUGCUUACCAAAUUUGAUGAGGAAAUAUUUUCAACAAAUGAUUUGAGAGUUUUUGAAGAAUAUGAGAUGUUUAUUUCAAAUAUAAAGUAUAUAUUAAAAAUGAAAAACAAGAUAAUAUCAUCAGAAGUAUUUUUUUUCUCUCCAUAUUUUCUUCCUACCGUAUUAUACAAUGUAUUUGAAUUUUUAAGGACCCUAGGAGUGUGGUUAACAUUAAUAGGUCGACUAAAAAAUGAUUACACAGAUAUUCACUUAAGAAAUGAUAGAAAUAUAUGUAACGUAUUUCAAUAUAUCACUGCUAGAAAGAAGAAUAAGUUUUGGGAUAAUCAACCGAAUCCUGAGGUGAAAAAUAUGAAUACAGAUGAAAAUAAUACCACAACAACAACAAAAAAAAAAAACGAUGACAGUGAUAAUCAGAAUGACCAUAUUUAUAUACAUCUUAUAUGGAACAUAUAUAAUGUUAGAACAUUAUAUACAGAAAGGUUACACAAUGAUCGAAAGAUAAAUCAUGCCAAGAGAAAAUAUGAAACUUUUCACAAUAAUAUGGAUGAUAUUUUUAAUGAUGAUAAUAAUUGUAUAAAUAUAAUAAAUGUCGAAGAUAAUAAGGAAGAAAACAUAAAAGAUUUGAGGUAUAAAAAAUUAAAAACAAAUGAAGAUGGAAAACUUGAUAGUGAGUUUAUACAAGUAACAGAUAAUAAUAAUAAUAAUAAUAAUAAUAAUAUAAUAGAGAUAAAUCAAAAAAAAAAAACAUCUACGCAAAAUGAAGAACAACAUAAUAUAAAUACAAGAAAUGAGAAUGGUAAUAUGUAUACAUAUUCAUUAAUAAAUAGUACACUUACUUUGAAUAACAUACAUAAGGAAAGAUGGAAAUAUCUUAUAAACUCUUAUAGUUUUAAUAAUUAUAUAAUGUUUUUUCAAACAGCACAAAAUAAGUAUUUUGUUAAUAGAAAGUUGAUAAAAAAAGCUUUUUUUUUAAGAAGUUUAAAAUUUGAUGAUUUUAAUGAUAUAAAAUCGUACUAUAAGAAGGUAAAGAAAAUUAAUAAUUGUGAUAAUAAUUAUAAGAAUAAUAAAAUGGAUACUGCACAACAAUAUAUAUAUUAUUUAAAAGAGGAUCAAAAAGAAAAGGAGCUUAUAAAUUUUGAGCAUAUUAUUAAUUAUAUAUCUAAUAAUAUAUGGGUUUCUCAAAUACAUUAUUUGACACAUGGAAUUAGCUUAUACUUUGAAAAUGUGGGCGAAGAGGUUGAUGAGGAGGAUGCUUGGUUUUACUGUCUUCAAAAAAAAAAAAAAAAAAAUUGUGAUGAUAAUAAAAUGAAUGGUGAUGAUAAUAAAAAUGGUGAUGAUAAUAAAAAUGGUGAUGAUAAUAAAAAUUGUGAUGAUAAUCAAAAUGGUGAUGAUAAUCAAAAUGGUGAUGAUAAUAAAAAUGGUGAUGAUAAUAAAAUAAAUGGUGAUGAUAAUAAAAUAAUUGGUGAUGAUAAUAAAAUGAAUUGUGAUGGUGAGGUGUAUUCAAGAAAACUUUUCAUUUUAUAUAAAGAUAAUAUUUUAAAAGAAAAAUGUGAAAUAAAUUGCUCAUUGAAUAUAAUAUAUAAAUAUAUUAGAAUAUGGUUAUUAAGAUUAAAGUUACAAGAUGUAGAUGUUUUUUUUUGUAUAUUGAAUGAAGUAAUUAAUGAUAAAAAGAAGAUUUGUGAAUUUUCUUCAUUAGUUUUUAAUUCUGUUUUAUCUUAUUACGAACAUUUAGAUUUUUGGUUAUCUACCAAUACAGAUGUUUUGUGUUUACCUUUUAUAGAGACGCAAUUUACUAUAAGAGAAGAGAAAGAUCUAAUAAAUGAUAAUAUAACUAAUGUUGAAAAAUCAGAUUUGUUUUUAAAUUAUAAAAAAAAUAAAAAUAAUAAGGAGAUAAAAUAUAAUGAUAAAAAAUUUAUUGAAAUAAUUAUUCCAUUUAUAAUAAAAGAAAAAGGAGAAGAGAAAAAUGUACAUAUGGAUAAUUUAUUAAAAUAUAAUAAAAAUGAUUUAAAAAUAGAUUAUAAUGAUAUGAAUAAUUCCAUGGAUAUAUUAAAAAAUGAAGAUGAUAAAGAAUAUUUAAAUAAUUAUAUAAAUAAUAAUAUGAAAAAUAAUAAUGAUGUGCAAAAUUCCAAUAUUAAUUCAAAUUAUAAAAAUAUAGAUACAAAUAAGUUAAAUGGUUUAAAUUGCUCUGUUAUUAAUUAUAAUAAUAUAAAAAUUAAUUAUAAAAUAUGGAGAUAUAUGCCUUGUCCAUUUAAAAUAAUAUCAUACAAUAAAAAUAAAUUAGAUAUUUUAAAGAAAAAUAAUGAUAGCAUCAUUUUAAGCUUUCAAAUUUCUUCUUUACCUGUAAAAAAUUUAAAAGACGUAUAUAUAAAUAAUGAGCCUUUUAUUAAAUUCCUUGUAACUAAUCAUAUUGAUUUAAAUGUAGCCCAUGAAAGAGUUAUGAAUAUUUUACAAAAAUAUAAUUUAAAACCAAACUAUUCCUUAGUAGCUACACAAACAAUUCUCCACAUUUCAACAUUUGAAUUAUUGUUCAAGGCUAAUCAAAAAAAGGAAUGA